AUGCAUGCCCUGCCCCGUUUGUGGCAGUCGGGUCGCAAGGAAACAGUACUGGACCUAGCGAGGCUGGUGGAUAAGGGCGUGUGUGUGAAGCUCAACGGGGGACGACAAGGUGAUUAUAGGGGCGUGUGCGUGAAGAUCAAGGUGAUGAUAACCGGGGACCACCCGUCCCCUACCUUUCUCUCUCUUCCCCCCUCCUCAACCUACCUCUUCCCCCCACCCCUCGCCUCCCCGUUCUCCCCCCUUUCCCCCCGGCACGGCACCAUGAUGGGCACGUUGAAAGGGUACGACCAGCUGAUCAACCUCGUGCUGGAUGAGGCGGUGGAGUAUGAGCGAGGUAGCUUCUUUUGCAUGUCAUCCCCCUCUCCUUGUGCUGUGCAUUAUGUUGCAUGCCACCCCCUUCAAGAAGUAGCGGUCUAUAUCUUCCUUAACCUUCCUCUUCCUCACGACCUCACCCUCUCGUCAAACUACCCACCUCUUGCUGUUGCACAGAACGAGUAUAAAGAUGAGUUAAGAUACACGCCGGAGGAUGGGAAAGACGAGGCGGAGCUGUCGAAGCUUCUAGAAAAGGAUGGCAUGGAGAUCCACGAUAUGGUGAAGCCACGGCCAAUGCGUCUAUCGGAUCUUCUCAUCGUCUACUGCUACCACAUGAUUCCGUUCACACUCAUGCCUAUCGUCAACACCAUCCUCAACUACUACCUUGUAUACCAUCCCUGCAAUUCCAAAACGCAUUUCUUGCCUUGCAUCACGAACAUUCCCCCGCCCUCAGGUGACUUCUUUGCCGGGGCAGCAGCGGGGUUCUACUCGGUGCCUGUGCUGCGCAACCUGCUGUACCUCCUGGGGACCAUGCCUGCCAGUGAAUCAAACAUCCGCAGGGAGCUGCGGAAGAAGAACCACAUGGCCAUUGUGAUCGGGGGCCUAAAGGAGGUGUGCCUUGGCACAACUUCCCACACCGACAAGCUCUAUUUGAUGAGGAGGAAGGGGUUUGCGCGCAUAGCAGUGCAGGAGAAGGUGGGAGUCAUUCCCAUCUACUGUUUCAAUGAGAACCAGCUCUUCAAGCACGACCCAGUGUGGUUCCUUCAGUUCUGGGAGAAGGUGAACCGCCACGUCAACAUUGGAGUGCCCUUCAUGCGUGGGGCCUGGAACCUCACCCUGCCCUUCAGACGGGAUCUCUUGGUGGUUGUGGGCAAGCCACUUUUCCCCGAGGAGGGAGAGUCAGUGGACGAUUUUCAUGCUCGCUACGUCACUGCUAUCACUCAACUCUUCCAUAAAUAUGUUGGGCUGUCAGCACAACCCAAUCAGAAGUUGGUCAUCGUCUAA